CGGGAAAAGGCCCUCCCGGAAGCUGAGCUCUAUGGCGCUGCUGUCCCCGGCGCUCUAGCGCUCCCGCGCAGUCUCUAUGGCACACACGUAAUGGCUUCUAGAGAGUUCUUCCGCUUCGUCUCUUCCCUGGCGCGGCGGUCUCCUCCCGGCCUGCACUCUAUGGUGUUCGGCGCUGAUGGGCGGGGGCGGGUGCGCUCCAGCGGAAGUCUGAGCGGCUUUGUGAUGGCUCCUGCGACGCUCUAUGGGGACUUGGGGAGCUCUAUGGUCUCCUUAGCGGCGCUCUAGACGGCUCUCGCUCCCAUCUCGAUGGCUCCGCGCCGCCGGGCCGGGAGGGCGGAAGGGACGUUGCCCUUUUAAGUCAAAGGGGCGGCGGGGGCCGCUCGAGCCACCAUGGAGCCGGACGCGCUGGAGUCGCGGAUCAACAAGGCUACAAAUCCUCUCAACAAGGAUCUGGACUGGGAUAGCAUCAAUGCUUUCUGCGACCAGCUGAAUAAAGAGCUAGAAGGUGUGGCGCCACUGUGUUCUGCUCUAUGCCAAGUCCUCCCAGUUUGUUGUGUUGAUGUUGAUGCCUUCCUUUUUAAGGUGUGCUUUCAGUUUGUCUUUCAAGCUCUUCCCCUCUCUGUCCAUGGUGUCGGGAGGGAGGAGGAAUGGUGCUACUAGAUGAGAUGUAAAACUGAGGUCCUGGUUGCUUCUGACUCAAAGCUCUUUUUGUGAGCACAAGAGCCAAAUUUCUACAAGGAUAGUUACAUUCUGCCAACCUGAAAAUGCCUGUUUUUUUUUUUUUUUUAAAGUUUCACAUUGAGAGACUGUUCCUCUCUUCUCUUCUUAUGACUGUGCUGUGCCCCAACGCAGGGCAGCUGCAUUGGUGGGGCAGUGAAGGAUUUCUACUGAGAUUUGUACAGGCCUCUGUGAUCCUGUGUGAUUGGAGAUAUACUCUAGGGCCCAUCAGUUAACUAACAAAGUGGCUGCGUGCCUUUGAAACUAGCCUUUUGCCCCAAGCUCACUGAGGACCUGUAAGGACUUUGUGCGCAUCCAGUACUGUGAGCAAAAGUUGUGCCCUCGGGGGACAUCUCUUAUCAACUAGCCAAUUAGCCCGUCAUAAGACAGGAUUUUCAGGUCUC